AUGGCGCUCUCUAAAAGAAGGAAAGUGGACAGCGAAAAUAGGGUAUUUGAUCCAGAAUGGACAAACUCAUUUCUGUUCAUACUUCCCACUGGAAACACUAAACCUGUGUGUCUCAUAUGUUCAGAAACCGUGGCACUUGUAAAAAGUGCCAAUGUGAAACGACAUUUUGAGACGAAGCAUAAAGAUUUUGAACGAACAUACCCACUCAAAUCUGAAGUGAGAUCACAAAAAAUCAUUAGUCUCAGAGGCCAAUAUGACCAGUCCACCAGGAUCCUGAGCCACACAUUCACUGCCCAACAACGUGCUCAGGAGUGCUCCCUCAGAGUUGCUUGGAUUUUGGGACAACACAGAAAGCCAUUUACAGAUGGAGGGGUUGUCAAAGAAUGCAUGAGUGCAGUAGCUGAAACAUUACUUGAGGGAAAACAAAAGCAAGAGCUAUGUGAAAAAAUAAAUCAAAUACCCAUGUCAGCAACAUCUGCCACAAAGAAAAGUGAAAUACUGACUGAGGAUGUGCUAAUCCAGCUUGAUGAAGCAAUGCAGAAGGCACCAUGUGUGGGUUUAGCUGUGGAUGAGUCCACUGACAUUUGUGACAAUGCUCAGCUGUUAGUGUAUGUCAGGUUUUUCAACACUGACCAGAAAGCAUUCUGUGAAGACCUGUUAGGUAUCACACCCCUUCAGACCAGUACAAGAGGAGAGGACAUUUACACGGCCAUUAAGGAGAUGUUGUCAAAGAGAGGAAUAGAGCCAAAAAAGGUGGUUUCAAUAACCACAGAUGGAGCCCCUGCUAUGAUUGGGAGAGAGAAAGGAGCAGUAUCAAGACUGAAAGAAGACAAUCCUGAGCUCAUAUCUUACCAUUGCAUCAUUCAUCAAUCUGUCCUCUGUGCAUCCCUGUCAGAUGAGCAUGCUGAGGUGAUGAGUACAAUGAUGAAAAUGAUACAUUUUCUCAGAGCAUCCUCUUCCUUCCAGCAUCGCAUGCUUAGAGAAUUCCUCAGGGAAGUCGAUGCUAAUGCAGAUGAACUUUUGCUGCACAACAAUGUGAGAUGGCUCAGCAAAGGCAGGGUGUUGGCACGCUUUUGGUCCAUAAGGAGGGAAGUAGCAUCUUUUUUGGCAGAGCUAAGAAGUCAGAAGGCAUCACAGUUUUCUUUCUUUUUAGAAAAUGAAAAACAGAUGGACAAUGUGGCCUUUUUGGUUGAUAUCACUUCACAUCUAAAUGAACUGAAUUUGAGGCUACAGGGAAAAAACAAUGUAAUUUGUGAACUGAUGACAGCUGUCCGCUCCUUUCAGAGGAAACUUGAGGUGUUCAAGGAAGACUUGCAGGGGGACUGUGAACAUUUCCCAGCAGUGCAGGAACAGCUGAUUGUUAACUUCAGCAACCGUUUUGACCACUUCCGCUUUGGACAGCAGCUCACCAUGUUCAUUCAGAGCCCAUUUCUCAUCACAGAUGUCAGGAGGUUCUCAAAGGAAGUCACGGAGCACUUUAAAUGGGUAAAUGCUGGGCCUCUUCAGAUGCAACUGGUUGAUCUCCAAGCAGAUGUGGCUCUGAAAGAGCAGUGUGGAAGAAUUGAUCCUUCCACUUUCUGGCUCCAAAUGGUCCCUGAGACAGCUUUCCCAGUUCUGAGGAAGGUAGCCUUCCGGGUGGGGGGGAUUAGCAGCAGGCUGCAUAUUGCUCUUCCCGAAGAGGCUAUCCAGCGUCUUGAUGCGCUUGAGCGCAAGUUUGGCGAGCAAAGACCGCAGGAAGAGUCAAGCCAUGCUCUUAAAAGAGUCAAGAGGGCGCAUAACGUGGGCAUUGCGGAAGCUGUAAGGCGCCUCCAUAAUUCGGAAAACAGCCCACAUAAAUAUGAUCCACAAACUGGGAACCCACAAUUGUCUGAGUUUUGCCAGCAGCUUCAGUCCAGAUUGGAGGCGGAUAUGCGUUAUGCUCUUACACACCGUCAGCGUGUAAGAGCUGAUGGAAUCGGGCCAGAAGAAGAUUCAUUUUUGGAACUUUAA